CUGACUUUUAAAGCUAUCGCCCAGCUAUUCAUUCUGAGCUGCACGUGGAGUCUUGGUUUCUUCCAAGUUGGCUCAGCAAAAAUGGUCAUGGCGUAUUUAUUCACCAUUGUCAACAGCCUGCAGGGAGCCUUCAUCUUCCUGGUGCAUUGUCUCCUCAAUCGCCAGGUGAGAGAGGAGUACAGGAGAUGGAUUAAAGGCACAAGAAAAACCAGCCCCACAACUCAAAAUUUUACUCUGUUCGUGUCCACUGUCACUACCAGCACCAAGAUGGUGAGUUGGGGAGAGCCCUCCACUUCAUCUCUGUGAAACAAUCACCUCUCC